GUGCUUAACUGGGCGCUUGGAGACUCCAAGUGUGAGGAGGCUCCCCGCCAGAACCGGAGCAGAAGCCGGUCAAGAGCAGAUGCAAGCAAGCGGGAUCUCUGCAGCCCUGGCUGUGAGCUGAGCGCUCUAGGGCAUCAUAUGCGGCUUCCCAUUUGGGAGGCGGCGGUCCGGGUGCUGUCCUGCGGAGUGGUGCUCGGGUGGGGCUAAGCUCCAGUCUUUGACAUCACUGCAGCUGGAGUGCGGAAUCGUUCAGCCUGUUUGCACAGUGUUGGGCGAUUUCUAGGAAAGAGCUCCUGUUGAUUCAUUACAACAGGGGUUGGAGGGCUCCCAGGGGAAGCCCUGUGGGUGUAAGGAGAGCAGGCAGAGAUGAAGAAGUUCAAGAUUGGGAAUGUUAAUGCAGAAUCUUCUUUGCCGGGCUAGGUCUAUGGCCCUCUCCAAGGCAAUGGCUACUACAUGGGCAUGUGCUUUGCAGCCUCAGAAAAGCAGCUCUACUCCCCUGGUCAGGCCUCAGAAGUCUGGCAGCUCUUCCUUCUCCUGGCUGUGACCCUUCCCCUUGUGUCCUGUACCCUGAUCUACUAUUGGUCUUGGGAUAGGUGGACACGACACCCACUGGCCCAGACCCUGGCCCUCUAUGCCCUUCCACAGUCUGGUUGGCAGGCGGUUGCUUCUUCUAUCAACACAGAGUUCCGACGGAUUGACAAGUUUGCUUCAGGGGCACCUGGUGCCAGAGUGAUUGUGACGGACACAUGGGUAAUGAAGGUGACCACAUACCGUGUGCAUGUGGCUCAGCAACAGGAUGUUCACUUGACUGUGACAGAGUCUCGGCAGCAUGAUCUCUCACCAGACUCAAACCUACCGGUGCAGCUUCUUACCAUACGUGUGGCAAGCACCAGCCCUGGUACCCAGCCCUUUGAUAUUCGGCUGAACUCAUCGGAAUAUGGCGAACUAUGUGAGAAGCUCCAUGCCCCAAUCCGAAGUGCAGCCAAUGUGGUCAUCCGCCAGAGCCUGGGUGACCUCUUCCUAGAAACAUUUGCUUCCCUUGUGGAGGUCAACCCAGCCUACUCAGUACCUAGCAACCAGGAGCUCGAGGCCUGUAUAGGUUGCAUGCAAACUCGGGCCAGUGUGAAGCUGGUGAAGACCUGCCAGGAGCCGGCGGUGGGCGACUGCCAGCAGUGUUACUGCCGACCCAUGUGGUGUCUCACUUGCAUGGGCAAGUGGUUUGCCAGCCGCCAGGAUCCCCAGCGCCCUGACACAUGGCUAGCUAGCCGUGUGCCCUGCCCCACUUGCCGUGCUCGCUUCUGCAUCCUGGAUGUGUGUUGUGUACGCUGAGCAUCACAGUAUGUUCAUUGUCUCCACUAGCCACUUCUGGGGAGUGGCUAAAGCUCCUUGGCUUCGGGAAGAGGUUCUAGUUAAAGCACACACUUAUUCUACAACCACUCUCUACCUUGAGUCUAUGGUCAGUUGAAGAGUUUUAGAAGAAAUUCUCGUGGAAAUGCCCUAUCCCUGGACCUUCAGCAUCUUCUCUUCCUGUUUACCUCCAGGUGGGGCUGACAUGCCACACAGAAUGCUCCAAAGCCCCAAGACAUUGGAGUUUGGCCCAAGAGCCUUUAUUUGGCCUGUUUGCCUUAAUUCUAUUAUAGAGUAUACCUGUACCUCAGUUACAAACCUGACCUACAUCUGUCCCAGGCUCUGUGGUGUUGGGUAGACACUGACAGUUGAGAGUGUCACCAGGGUGCCACUCUAGUGAGAAGUCCUCUUCUAAGGUAUCCUGGUGGCUGUAGCUAGCCAAGGGACCACUUUUUUUUUCUUUUUCGUUUUUUUCGAGACAGGUUUUCUCUGUGUAGCCUUGGUUGGUCUUACUCUGUAGACCAGGCUGGCCUCAAACUCAGAAAUCUGCCUGUUUCUGCCUCCCAAAUGCUGGGACUAAAGGCGUGCGCCACCACUGUCCAGUAAGGGACCACUUCUUGGUGGGAAGGCCUGGGCAGCAACGUAGGGCCAGGACAGAGAGAGUACUCUCCUAAGUUACUCAUGAGGGCUGCAUAUGCUUUAGAGAGUCACAAUGCUUUUGGUGUCUUGUCUUGAUUCUCUAGUCCAGGGGGGGCCAAGAUCUCACACUCCUAACCCUAGGGAAGGGUUUUAGGGAGCCAAGGACCAGAGAGCCACAGCACUAUCCAGAAGGAAACCCACCAGGAAUGCAACACAGGCAUUCAUACAUACAAGCACCCACAAUUGCCAAGGCCUUCAUAGGUGCUUGGAUCAGGAGAGGAUACCUCAGUGGUUAAGGUUCUGAUGGACGGACUACUCACUUAUCUAUGGUACAGAUGGGUUGGGGGGGGAAGAGGCUGCUCUUUAUCCUCCAUCUCUGACACAAGUGUAGCUGCUAGAGGGGGGACUUCUUCAACUUGUGAUUUUGAAGCACCUGCAUUUAGUUGUUGAAAGCAGUAGUGACAGACCAAGCUAGCCCUUUAUCCAGUCAACCCAGCACCUCACCCCAGGGAUUUGCUAUCAGAGCAAACUCAUUCUGUCCCUGAAGCAUGACCAGGAGUCAGCCAGUUUCCAGAGCUGUCUGCCUAGCAGAGGCCAAGUGGUUUGAAGUUGUUUUAUUUUUUAACCACAGAAGAGUUAAUUUUAUAUAAGUAAAUGUAAAUGUAGCUAAAUGACACAGUAUUUAAUAAAGUAUUCCUUUUCAAGUGA